UUUAACAACUUUGGAUCAGCUGGUCCAGCUCAAAUUUCUGACAGAAAUUAUUGACUUAAUUACUUAGUUAUUAAUCAAUAACAUAUCAGUAGUCUGUCCUAAGAGCUUAAACUAGAAGUGACCAAUAUGUGAAUAAAAAAUUCAAAAUUGUCCAUAUAUCACUAUUAAAAAGAAUGAAAUUUAUUACUUUUCUCUCCCUUCUUUUAUAUGAAUGUCAGCUAAAUGUCUGACUGUUGUGCUAUCUGACAGAUUAAAUAAGAAAUAUUUUCAACUUGUGACCUUGGGAGUAUCUGCUGGGAUUUUUAUCACUGAUACUUUAUCUAUUAAUUUAGCUACAGACAAAAAUGAAAUAUGCGUUUCUAGCGUCUCACUAAUAGCAGAAAAAGGAUACAAAUGGAAGUUUUUCUUUGCAACGGUUCAUUCGUCCUGCUGUCCGCAUGGUUUCCCAGUCAUAUGUGUUUCCUGCCCACUCCCUUCAGGGCUCUGUGCAGAAGAAUGGGCUUUGUUAAAUUAUAUACACGGUGGAAUUGCAUAUCUCUGCAAGUUUGUUGCAGAAAACAUUUUAGCUGCUUGAGUGAAUUUGAAAUGUUUAAAAUCUUUUUCGCAGUGUGGGCUGAGCGAUAGAGUCCCGCAGCCAGAAGAGACAGAAAGGAGAGGAUUGUUAUUGUUCUGUUCCUGUCCUGGUACCAACAUCUCCACUCUGUUCUGCCACUCUGCUGCUUCAGAGACUUCAGUCGAAACYUGCUGCUGUACUUCUAAUAUCACAAGAUUUAAAAAAAAUGGCAAAUUGCUUUGCAAAGGGUUAAAACAGCUUGAAAUGUUUCACAUUUUGUCACAAUACAACCACAAACCUGAUUGUAUUAGGAUUUUUGUCAAAAACCAACAUGAUCGUGAUAAUUAAGUUAAUAAUGAAGGAAAUGAUGCAUUGAUUUUAAAGUCUGGUCUUCAUGGUGGAGCAGUUAGUAGCACUUGCCUUAUAGCWAGAAGGUCCUGGGUUCAAGUCCCAGCCUGGGGUCUUUCUGCAUGUUCUCCCUGUGCAUUGUGGGUUAUUUCAGGGUACUCUGGAUUCUUCCCUCAGUCCAGAAACACAACUGUUAGGUUAAUUGGUCUGUGAGUGUGUGCAUUGUUGGUUGUCMUGUGUGUCAGAAUUUAUUUCAGUUUUGGCUGUGAUUCUUGUUUAAAUUUAGAUCUGGACUUUGACUGGGCCAAUGUAACACAUAAAUAUGCUUUGAUUAAAGUCCUUUCAUUGUUAGUUUGGGUUUUGAGUUGUGCAGCUGGUAGGUGAACCUUUGCCCUCAUUGUAGGUCUUUAGCUUCUACAGUGUUUUCUACCACAGCUCUGUAUUGCCAGGUAUUUUCCCAGCYCCUCUGACCAACUUCUUUGUCCUGCUGAAGUAAAGCCCACCACAGCAUAAUACAGCCACYGCUGUGUCUCUUGUAAGGGAAAAUGUGUGCAGGGUGUUCCUKACUACAUCCAGCAUAUUAUUGCAUGUUGUCAAAAAGUAGGCUUUAGUUUAAUCUAAGAUAGGCAUCUGAGUAUCGGUGUGCUAAAGGUCACAUUUUGACCAGAGAGCUACACUUUGUAGAGAGCUACAAAACUGAGAGCAACACUUUGUAGCUCUCUGCUCAACAUAACAAAGAAGAGAAACAAUACCUUUGUUCACCAUCAGGCUGAACAAAGAAAACCCCAGAUAGUCAAUUCAAUGUGUUAGUUUCAAUGUUUCAACGUUUUAGUUUUCUAAAACAUUGAAAACCAUGGAUCAUUUUCCUUCCACUUAAUACUGUUACUGUUUGUUUUGUGUUGCUCUGUCCGAUAAAAACAUAAUAAUWCUCUGACCUGUAUCAUUGUGACGUCACAAAAUGUGAAAACGCUGAGGGUUUGAAUGUUUUUGUAAGGCACUGUAUUUUGAACAACAGAACAAAGUUUUUUCCGCCAMCGGUCACACCUACCUUGAGAUGGUAAAACAUUUACACUGCUCUCUUUCUAAGUCUCAUGAGACUUGCGGGACACGCCUCACUAACCCCCCUUAUCUUUCCACCCAGCAUUCAUAUCAGUUUUGCUGAGCAACUGAGUCAGACUGCUCUCCUGGUUUCUUCUGSUCUCUGAUUCUUCAUUUCUGUUUUCAGUUCUGGACUCCUCCAGCGAUGUUUGACAAGCAACAUUACGAGAGUCCACCAGUCUACAGCCCCCCCUACAGCCCACCGUCCAACAACGGCUUUGGUCCUGCCGGCAGCUUCCAUGGCCCUCAGAGUGACUACAAUGCAUACCCACCACCGCCGGGAUCUUACUACAUCGAAGACCGGCCGCAGCACUUCUACAAAUGGCGGUCACCUCCUGGGAUCAUCAAGGCCAUGAUGGCUACAGUGAUAGUGUUGUGUCUGGCCAUAUUCGCCUGCGUCGCUUCAACUCUAAUGUGGGAUAUGCAGUACUCAUAUGGAGGCGGCUACUACGGCUCCGGUCUGGGCUACGGCGGUGGCUACGGCAGUGGCUACUCUGGAGGCAGCUACGGCUCGUCCUACGGAGGCCUUGGAGGUUAUGGAGGUUAUGGAGGCUAUGGGAACUACUACGGCUCCUACGUGUCUCCUUACUCGGCCAAAACUGCCAUGAUUGCCAUGGCGGCUAUCAACUUCAUCUGCUGUAUGUCAUUCUUCAUCGCCAGCUUCUCUAAGUCCAAUGUCGUCCGCAGCCGAAAGUACUUCCUGGCCGUCCUUAUAGCCAGCGUUCUCAUGGGGCUCUUGCAGGGCAUCAUGACCAUUGUCUACAUUGUCGGAGUAAAUCCCAUGGCCCAGAGCUCUUCCAACAUCAUGUAUAAUCCGAUGCUCAUGAUGUGUCAGAGCCUCUAUCAGACCAGCUACUCACAGAUGGGAGGACUGGGAGGUUUUCCUAUGUACAACCAGUACCUGUACCACUACUGUUUUGUGGACCCYCAGGAGGCGGUUGCCAUGGUGUGCGGAUUCCUGGUGGUCAUCGCUUUGGGCGUCGCUGCUUUCUUUGCUCAGAAAACAAGAGGGAAGAUCUGGCGCUACGGAAAACCAAAUAUCUACUGGCAAGAGCCUCUAGUUGGUGGGAAAACGUCAGAAGGCCGAGACGUAGAGGAAUGGGUGAACAAUGUGGAGGAAAGCCGCAGCGUUCAGGAUGCGCCGACCCUGCUGGUGUCCGAGAAGGGAGGCGGUUUGCUCAACGCCUCGGCUAACAGCGUCAGCUCCUUCCCCCCCGCCAAGGAGCCGGUGGACAGCGGCUCCUGCAACGAGGACGACAACCAGUACUCUGAAAAAAUGACGAGUCGGCCAUUAGAGGGGUAUUCCCACGGCGGCAGGACGAGCUCCAGCCCCUCGGAGGAGACGGGAGGCCGCCGGCCGUCCGCCAACAGGGGCAAGAGGCGCAGACGCAACCCGGACAUGGACGAGUCCCAGUACGAAACGGAGUACACAACAGGAGGAGAGACGGGAAACGAACUGGACAUGGAGGAAUGGGAGAGUGUGUACCCGACGAUAACUUCAGAUACUCAGAGGCACCAAUACAAGAGAGAGUUUGAUGCAGACCUGCGGGAUUACAAGCGCCUGUGUGCAGAGAUGGACGACAUCAACGACCGGCUGAACAAACUCWGCCGGCAACUGGACUCACUCGACGAGAGCUCUGCUAAAUACCAGCUUGUUGCAGAGGAAUAUAAUCAGCUGAAGGAUCUGAAGCAGACUUUACAGUACCAGACCAAGAAGAGGGAGUGCCGCAGGYUGAGGCACAAACUGUUCCACAUCAAGCGAAUGGUGAAGGACUACGACAAGAACCACUGAAGGGUCCGCUCUGUUCCGGCUCUCCGCUCUGUGGGCCGCACUGCAAAAACCACUCAGCCAUCGCUACAUCGAGCUACACUCCCUAAUACUUCAGAGACUGCAGCAUGCUGAGGCCAAAGUUACAGCACACACACACACACACACACACACACACACACACACACACACACACACACACACACAC